CCCCUUAAAAGCCCACCAAGUCAGCAGAGAGACCCCCGCCAUUGUCUCAUUGGAGCGCUCGUCUGAGGAGCCCAGCACAUGCCUCUCGCAUCUUCUCAGGUCUCCAUGCGUCCUUGUUCCUAGCGGAAGACCGGCGCGACCAUGACCAUCCAUGUCGAGGGGCUUGUGGCGAUCGCGGUCUUUUACCUCCUCAUCCUCUUUGUGGGCAUCUGGGCGGCAUGGAAGAACAAACACACCGGGGAGGCCGAGGGAACCGACCGCAGCGAAACUAUCAUGGUCGGAGGCAGAGACAUUGGAUUAUUCGUCGGAGGAUUUACCAUGACCGCAACUUGGGUUGGAGGAGGAUACAUUAAUGGCACUGCUGAGAAUGUUUAUCUGCCAGACUACGGCUUGGCUUGGGCACAAGCCCCCUUUGGAUAUGCCCUCAGUCUUGUUGUCGGAGGACUUUUUUUUGCCAAGCCCAUGCGCUCGAGAGGUUAUGUAACCAUGUUAGACCCGUUCCAGCAACUGUACGGCAAACGCAUGGGCGGCCUUCUCUUCAUACCCGCAUUAAUGGGGGAGAUCUUCUGGUCCGCCGCCAUCUUGUCGGCUCUUGGUGCCACUCUCAGCGUCAUCGUGGACAUCAACAUCAAAAUGUCAGUGGUUAUCUCGGCCCUCAUUGCUAUCUUUUAUACGCUGGUGGGUGGACUUUACUCAGUGGCUUACACUGAUGUUGUGCAGCUCUUCUGCAUCUUUGUCGGCCUGUGGAUCAGCGUGCCUUUUGCUCUGACCAACCCAGCCGUCUCAGACAUCAUGGUUACUGCAGUGACGCAUGUGUACCAGUCGCCAUGGAGAGGCAGCGUCGACAAGAGCGACACCUGGGUCUGGAUUGACAAUUUUUGCCUCCUGAUGCUUGGAGGAAUUCCUUGGCAGGUGUAUUUCCAACGAGUCCUAUCUGCUUCCUCUGCUACCUACGCACAAGUCCUCUCCUUUAUCGCUGCUUUCGGAUGCCUCAUCAUGGCUGUCCCCUCGGUUCUUAUUGGAGCUAUCGGGGCCUCCACAGACUGGAACCAAACAACAUAUGGUGCCAUUCCUCCUAAAGAGAAGGAAGAGGCCGAUAUGAUUCUCCCCAUCGUUCUCCAACAUCUCUGCCCGCCAUUUGUGUCUUUUUUUGGCCUUGGCGCGGUGUCUGCUGCUGUCAUGUCAUCUGCCGACUCGUCCAUCCUGUCAGCGAGCUCCAUGUUUGCAAGGAAUAUUUACCAGCUGGCCUUCAGACAGUCGGCAUCGGAUCGCGAGAUUGUGUGGGUCAUGCGCGUCACCAUCUUUGUGUUCGGGGGUCUUGCCACGUUGAUGGCACUGGUUACGGGGACAGUUUACGGACUGUGGUACCUCAGCUCAGACUUAGUUUAUGUCAUCAUCUUCCCCCAGCUCCUCAGCGUGCUCUUUGUCAAAGGCACCAACACAUAUGGCUCGGUGGCUGCUUACUUCUUUGGUAUGGUGCUGCGUGUAGGUGGAGGGGAACCCUACCUGCAUCUGCCCCCUUUCAUUUACUACCCCGGGUGGACCACGGAGCAGCGCAAGGACCACAUUACUGGACAAAUGGAGGAUGUUGUCGUUCAAAAGUUUCCUUUUAAGACAGUCUCUAUGCUCGCUUCCUUUCUGGGUAACGUUGCGUUUUCCUACCUGGCCAAGUACCUCUUUGAGAGUGGCAAGUUAUCUCAUAAAUACGACUUUCUCGACGCAGUUGUGUCCAAGCACAGUGGCGAGAUUAUGGAUAAGACAACGCUUGUGACCCGUGGCAACAACAUCGCGCUGUCUGAGAUGGCGCCUGUCAAACCGAGGCUGAGCGUGACUUUGGCGGCCGCCUUCACGCGCCGCGACACACUGCCAACAGACACUGUGGAUGAGGAAGAGGAGGAGUCAAGCCCUGACUCCUCCCACCAUGACGAAGAAUGAAAAGAUCAGGAUGUCAUUUUUAGAGGAAUGCAACAGAACUGGUCCAGCUGUGAAACAAAAAGAAGACAAUGCGCAAACAUCCUCCCGGGGGACAAUGAGGUACAACACUGACUGGUGGUAGCUGGGAUACUAUGGUCAUUUCUCACAAAAUUAGUUUGUAACACACAUUCAAACGAAAUUUUAUUUCCAGCACCAUGAGAGUCACGACAUCAAAAUUAGCUUUGUGUACAUGCACCCCGCAGCACCAGUCCUGCUUCAAUAUACCGUACUCCACAAACAAAUGCAUAUACUAAUAUGCAUUCUUCAUUUUCUAUACCACUGGCGCUGGAGUCUGUCCCAGCUGACUUUGGUGAAAGACAGAAGACACCCAGGACUGGUCGCCAGUCAAUUACAGGGCACAUUUAUUGCUGACAGCCAUUUUCACUUAGGCCAUCACAGAGUGGGAACUGGUUUGGCGAGUAAGCUACUACAUCAUCAGUGACCAUAUACUAAUAUAUUGUUAAUGAUUAAUUGCAAUGAGCCAGAAAAUAAACAUUAGAAGUAGGUAGAAAUAUAAAGUUAUUUGAAUAAUAUUUAUUUAUAAAAAAAUAUAUUUUUGUUGAAUAACCCAUAUUAUCCUUUUUUUAUUGUGACAAAUUAAAGUGCAUUACUUUCUGUAUGAAACCCUGCUAGUGUUAAGAAAACGCUCAUCAGGAAAGGUAGCGUAGCAGCUUAUUGAUUGCACAUGAAGUUGUCUUUCUGUGAAGUACUGUAUAUCAUAAACACUCUCUCAAACUCUCAUAUACGGUAGAUGUGAAGUAAUAUCAGCAUCUGUUUGAAAAAGAUACUCCAUUUCAUUAUCAUUUUGUCUCAUGUGUCAACAAUCAGACAAUAUUAAACUGCACAAGUAGAAAGAAGACAUGAAGCAGUUUUAGAGUUUGACAGCACAACUUUAGUUUGAAAGUAAAAACACUUGACACCUGUAAAACUGGUAAAGUCAAAGACGAUGUGACGUGAGAGGAACCUAUGCCGUAUCCCUAACCAGUUAUCUGAUGUUAUGUGUGGGUAAUAUAUUCCAAUUUAUAUUGAGAACACAGCAUGAGGAGCACCGUCAGUAUUUUUGUCUAAGAUGACUUUGAAGGGGAUCCUUGAGACACUGCGUCUUCUCAGCCAUGCUCCCAAUCAUUAUAUUGAGAUUACUGGAUAUAUUGAUAUCAAAUGUAAAUCAUCACAUUUAAAAGAUUAUGAUUACAUAAAUGAAAUAUAUCAAACCUAUUAACUAGCUCCGACAAACUGAUUUUGUUACUGAUUAUUGAUAUAAGAAAACAAAAUAGAUAAUGACUGUGAAUCAACAGGCAACUCAUCCAUCAAGCUCAAUAAAACCUAUACAAGCAAUAGUGACAAUAGUUGACUUUAACCAUUACAGUAGCUCUCUUAGAGAAGCGGACUUCACCUGAAGCAUCAAUGUAAAUAACACUGUUAUUCUGCUGCCUUAAUGUAAAUCAUGUUAACAGAUAUCUGAAUUUCCACAGACCUGACUGUACUCUGGUCAAACUGCAAUGAAAAAAAAAAGAUGAAUGUAAUCUCAAAUCUUCUCAUUAUAUCAAAAAUGUAAUUUGCUGUUUGUGUUGGGUAUUUUUUCGCAAGUCAAAUUGUCGCAGAAUAGUAUGUCCGCCAUUUUUUAAAUUAUGAAUCUGUAACGUGUGUGUUGUUGAUGGCCAUGUACAGCUUAUUUUCUCUGUGAUGUCUCUGUUUGUAUAAAAAUGGGGAGAAAGGCAUAGAAAUAACAAAUUGCUGAUUAAUAUUUAUCAUGUAAGAAGGAAGGAUGUUAUCUAAAUGUUUAUUUAUUUUUGAUGUCAUAGAUGUAACAAUAAAAAAAUGUAAGAUUAUAAUGUAGAAAAACUAUAUAAAAUCUACUUUGGUAUAGUAAAUUGUUUAUAUUGGUAGUAUUUUAUCAUUGAAUUUAAAACAUUUUGAAACUGUGGUACACAGUAGAAGUGUUUUUAAUAUGGACAUUAGUCAUUGAAAUUUGGAAAUGACUUUUAGGCAGUUUAAUUAGACACUACAGUAGUUAUACGAACACUGAGUUUUUAAAUUAUGAAAGACACAUCAGUGGCUGUCCUCCGAAUUUUUGAGGAGCACAGGCUUGUUUGUUUGUUGAGUUUAUAGUUUCUUUACAGCAUCUGAUGCCACGGCUUUCUUUUUUAGAGGCCCUCAGGUCAGUUAAAGGGUAGACAGAGAACAUGUCUGAAAACGGGAGUGAAAUUACGAUCGCUUGGGUUGUGUCUUUGUCCCCAUCGGUGGCCAUAGUGAAAGACCGUGUCUCAAAAUAGCUCUCCCUCCCUUGUUAUUUACAUUACCUUAAGUGCUGUACUCUCGUCUUGGACUCGAGCAGGAGCCACUUGGGUUAGGCGGAGUUACUGGUGGUCAGUUCUGAUGCACUUGGAUGGGGGGUUUAGCAUCCUGGCGCCUGUUGCCAUGAUAUCCACCCAAAGUAGUGCGCAAGAAUGACGCUGGUGCCCCACCCAUCCCCUGCACCUCCUCCUUCAUCAUAAGUGUCCCUUUUUGUGUCCUUGAGAACUAAGACCAAUCCCAUAAAAUGGACAGGGUGGGGAGGUCAUCCCAUCUCCAUUCAUGGCGGGUGCCUCACUGAGCACUCUCCAUAAUUAACAAUUAUGGAGGAAAACUGUCGCUCGUCCGAGUCAAUCCAUUUAUUUAGUGCAUUACGGAGGAGGAGUAGAUGGUUGGGGGGACGGUUUUGCGUAGGACUCUGGCGAAGAGAAUGUUUGGAUCGGAACCAAAAGAGUCAUUCAUUCAUUAUGACUCGAUGUGUUUAGCUUGCCCUAUGACAUCUUUAUCGAAGUCAUUGAUUGUGUGGUCGAAGCAGAUUUUGGUCUUAAAAUUGUGCUGUCCAGCAAUGAACAAAAGGAUCUGGCCGUCUCGUCCUCAGAGCUUUAAACCAUGACACAAAACAAAACUAGAAAAAAAAACUAGCAUUGUUGAAGAAUUUUGUUCCAUUCUUAUAUUUCUGUAAAUACAUAUUCCCACAAGGCUGAAUAUGAAUUGAAUGUCUUCCAGUAACUACAACUGCACUAACAUACAAGUUUUUGCUCUUUAAGAGGAACCUGUAGUACUCAGAUUAACCCUCCCAAGCAAUCCAGGGCUGAGUCUCUGGCAACCCCGUGCUUGAUCAGUGAGCACCCAGGGCUCUACCCCAAAGUCAGCUCAAGUAGAUUCCAGCUCCCUGGUGACCCUGAACAUGCUCACAUAAUGGAGGCCAAUACACUACAGUAUGUCAACAAAUAUAACAUGUCAGUUAUGCCCACAAAAGGAGGGUAAAGAGUAUAAACAGAAACUAUUACAAACUAAUGCCAGUCUUUCAUCCUCCCAAAAACAGAAAUACAUCCAGCAUAAUACAAAUACAUUUAAAUCAGUGCUGUUAUCAUACAUGCAAAUCAGUCGCCUUUCGGCGAAAUUCGCCGUUUUGAACUCAAAGUAGGCCAUUUCCGUGAAUCGCACAGAUCCGAUGAGUUUUUCUGACGUGACUACAUUUAUCUAAUUAGUUUACGGAUGUUAAAGUUAAAUGUAUUAAGCGACGGAGCGCUGUUAGGGAUUAUGCCACAACACAGAAUGAACUAACUUCAAAUUCAGAAAUGGCCAAUAAAAACAGAAAAAUAUUGUACGUAAUAUUUUCCUGGAGGAUGCAUUUGGGAUUAGCCUUUGAAGUUGGUAAUAGUGAAUAAUGAAGUGAAACAGACAAUGAUUGUAGUCAAUUCUUUUCCAGAAUGAGAGCGCUUAAAGAGGAGGAUGCUAUUCAUGUGGCACAGCUUGCAGCAGGCAUCAGGUGCAGGUAGAGAUGGGCCUGCCUCAAGUUGGGGGCCAAAACAAAAAAGCAAAGAAAUGAGGCAAAUUGAAUUUGAAUCCUAAAUUUGUACAUCAACAUGUACUUGAGCGGUGUAAAUUAAUGUUUUUCUGCGUGUAGAAAAUGUGUUUAUUUUGCCUGAUUGUACUCUUCAGAGUCUUCCAGAUUGCUUAAUUUAUGUUAAAAUCAAAACCGACUCCCCCCUACAAUUUGUUUUUGGUCACCUUUUGCAACAUCUCAGUAAAUUCCAGAAAACGUACCUUUUGCUGUAACAUGAGUGAUUGAAUUCUGGAUCAAAAAGAUAUCAUUCUCCAUCUCAUUAGGUGCUUCACUAUCAUGAUGACUGUUCCAUAUUUCUGCCCUUUUUAAGUAAUGUCCUCUCUAAUUUAACUGCAAGCCUCAUGCUGGAAAUACAGUUAGAGGACGAGGUAAGAAAAGUAAACUUAUGUAAUGAAAGAUUGCACUGUUGCUAAAAAUUAAAAAAGUGCAUGCAGUAAGUGUUGUGUAAAUCAAUGGAUUUUUGAAUCACAACUAUUAAAUAUAUCAGUGCAUGCAUCACACAGCACAAGAUAUUGUCAUGUCUUAUUGGUUCCCAUAUAUCUCUCCAUCUCCUCCAUUAGCCUCUCCAAGCAGCUGAGGAGAAUCGUGAGCUAAAUGAAUGUAGCGGCUUCUUCAAUUAAAUCAGCCAGAAGAAUCGAAUUAUCUGA